AUGGCUGAUGUGCAGGAUAACGGGCAGCCUAGCGAGCCGCAACAGCAACGUCGUGGUAGCCUGCUUGCUCUUCCCACCGAGCUGAUCCACGCCAUUCUACUCUCUCUGCCACCAUUGUGCAUCGAACAUUACUCGCAAACAUGCAAGCUCGCUCGACAACAUGUAUACGGUCAAGAUCGAGCCGGGGACGUCCACCUUUGGAAGAACCUCUACCUCCAACGCUUUGACAAUUUCUCGAGCCUUUGGGACCCACCUUCGGAUGAGUCAUCUCACCACGCCGCGCAGGACAGUGUUGCAAACACAGAGAACGAUGGGUCUUCUGUAAGCUCCUCACCACCACGCGCAUCGUCGUCCGUGGCAUCCUCAUCUACAAAGAGGGACCGCUCAUCCGUCAUGUCUCUUGUGCAACUCAGGGACCGUGCUGCACGCCUCUACGCUGGGGAUCCCAGUGAUCAUGGUCCUCUCUCAUUGAACUUCAAUGCUGUCCUCACUGCGCUUCUUUCCGUCAUCGACACGGCGGUUCCUGAACAGUAUCCAAAUCCUUGCCGAAACACCACCUGGCUCAGCGACUCGAUCCUCGCAUCCGGCCAGUCCACUUGGAGUCAAUGGGUCUUUCCUCGUUCGGUCAUGUGCACGCUCGACGAAUUCAAGUCCGAGUCCACUUCCCGCUCCGGCACUCGCUCCAAGUCGCCGCAGGAACGCAAGCGUCGUCGCCUCUCUGUGCAAAACCAAUCCGGCCCUUCCUCGUUGGCCGCUGAGCCCAGCUCCUCGCGCCAUAGAUCUCAGUCCAAGUUGACAAACGGUGAACGGCCCGACUCGGUGCGCAGGCGCUCGGCACGUCUACUGAAGCUCAUGUACCCCGAAGCUCUUCAUCCGCUCGUAGAUCGUGGCAUCGAUAUCGACUCCCUCGCACAACCACAGAUGCGGCUCGCCGCCCGGAUCCAUUGCCUCCACGGCAUACGAGCAUGGAAAGACUCGCAGAAGCAGCGCCUCACGGAGAGUCCUCAAGAGAUUCCAGGUCAAACCCAGCAAGAUGGGCUCGCGAAUCAGGGCGCAGCGCAGGCACAGCACGGUGUGGCAGCUGCUGAUGAGCCGCCGCCACAACAGCAAAACUCCACCACACCCGCGCAAGACGAUUCUUCCGAAGCACACGAGCGGCCAGAGUCGUGGAGCGGAGAGAAUGACCAGGAAGAAGAGGAAGAGCAAGAGGAAGAAAACGAUUCGGACGACGACGAUUCGGAUGACGAAAGCUUUGAUGAACCACCCGCUGUCAUCCUUCGCCAUCGACCUCGUAUGUUUGGUCCCAGCUUUGGCUUCUGUAAUGCGCCGGACGAAGAAGACGAGGUGCGCGCACGCAUGAGACAUCGAGUCUACGAUUCGGGCUACUAUGGCUGGUCCAAUGGCUACGCACCUCUCCACGCCUGGCGACGUCCUUCUGCCGAUCCACAAGCUCGUAAUCAUGGCGACUCGGCAGACGAGGAGGCAGGAGAGGACGAUGACAACGAUGUCAACAUGGCAGACGCGGCAAGAGGAGGGUUCAAUCUGGAUGGCGAUGACGAUGCCAUACGUGAAGCAGUAGAUUUCAGCGACGACGACAUUCCCGACGACCCUGUUCCCAUCGAGAUCGAAGUCAGCACCAACGGUAGCACCAGGCGCACGUUUCAGGUCGCCGAUCGCUUUGGCAAUCUCGUCAAUUCCAGUCAUGGGGGGGACCGUCCGGCAGCAGUAGGCUGGGAUUCGUCGGAUGACCAAGACGAGGCAACACCAGCGACUUACGGCAACGGAAUUCAACGGGACACCGAUCGCACACCCUAUCAACCGCCUGCACUGGGUUCCUACGAUGCCGACACAUUGACUUUCACUUACGAGGGUGAUCUGCCCAUCGGCAUAAUCACCGGAAGGGACAACAUCCAGGUCACGGUUGGAGACACCGUCGACUUCAUUGCCAGAGGCGAACUCAACGUACGCUUCGUUAGGCCAGGCAUGCUGGACGAAGUCAUGCGCGUCACCAGCGGUCUCUCAGGCGCUGGAGCGUUAGGAGACGACGGCGACGAUCCCAUCGUAGCGCAAGAAGACGACGAAGGCGAUCAAGAGGGAGAAGACGAUGACUUUGAUGAGGACGCCGACGAUUGGGACGAUGAGGAAGACUUCGAUGAUGACGAUGACGACCAAUUUGGACCCUUUGGCGCCUUUCGACCUAUGGCUGCCGCUGUGGGCUAUCGUGGAUGCCGUGCGGAUGACGAGAUCAAGCACCUGCUCGAGCAGCACGACAAAGAAGCUGACGACAAGGACAAGCACAAGGAGGAACGCGUCUGUCUGCGCAAGAAAGCGAUCCAUUGGGAACUCGUGGAAGCUAUCAUGGUGGUCAUGUAUGCCAACCUCAAAGAAGCCAUCUGGCUCGAAAACUGGGGCGUUGGCAUCAAGAUCCCCAAGAUCUACGACCAAGCCGGCGUGCUCGCCCACGAUCCGAUGGAGAAGCGCGAGUUCCUCGAGUUCCCUACAGGCUGGAUUUCGUCGCUACCGAACCCUGUGCCGGCCAAGCUGAGCGCCAAUGAGGCCUCUAGCGACGAACAGCAGACAGAGUCGCCACCAAGAGCAAAUGGAGUUACGAAUGGAGCGCAAGACGACGAGAAGCCGCAUGACUGGGCACGCUGCGAGAGCUUUUGGGGUGGCUCGUACAGUUUUUUAGACUUUUCGCACUUUGUCGAUUUCAAUGUGCGCCUGGCGAGGCAGCGCAGGCAAGCACUCUCAAACGCCGGAGCGCGAUCCAACGGCGCCAACGGCAAGGCGCCAGCACAACAAGACACCUCCACUGUCCAAAGCCCACGACCCAACUUGAUAGGGCAGGAAGAAGCCGUCGGAGAUUGCCUGCAGCUUCGACUGGAACUCUUGCCCAAGUCGCAGCAGCCGGCGUACAACUCGGACGAAGAAGGACAAGAGGACGAUGACGAAUAUCCGACGCUCUUCUUCCGAGGCACAACGGUGACGUACUGGGGCAACGAAGCACCCAUGCCACGCGGUGGGGUGCAUGGCAAAGUGCGGCCCGUCUAUGCGAGAGAGGAAGACGUGGACGAGAUCAUGUCCAAGGGUCCCAGGGGGAAGAAGAAGAUCGAGGGGCUGCACUGGUCGCUGACGCACGUGCACGAUGGCGAGGAUCGGUGGCAGCUCGAGGGGAUCCAGCCUGGACCACCGGGGACGAGGGCGCCUAUCUUUGGAAUCUGGUCGGAUGCGCUGCAUGAGGAGGAGAGCCCGAACGGGCCGUUUGUGUAUUGGAUGAUGGACGAGCGGCCGUGGAGGGACAUUGAGCGAUUGAAUCGGGAAGAGGCACACGCGAUUGCUGCUGCUAGGGCAGCUAACGGUCGUUGA